AUGGCGCAGGCCUAUGAGACCCAAGGGCUGCGCGACGAGACCGAGAGCACACCUCUGCUUGGAGGCAACCGUACGCAGUCCACUUCAACACCAUUUGCUAAGCCAGCGGCGGCACCUGGAACCACACUCCCAAAGUCGUCAAUCCCCCUCAUGCCCAAAGACUCCAAUCAUAGAGAGCGUCUGCAGCACUGCUGUUCACAAAAGCCGAACCUCGUCCGCGCAGUCACCACGGCAGCUGUAUUGCGUGCCUCAGCACCCUGCAGCGGUACCGCCACUCCCAUACUUUCCCGGCCACUGCUCAAUCGUGCCUCCUCCGCCACAUCCAUUCCCCAAGACACCUAUAAAACAGGAGAGCCACCAACUACAGCUCGUCCAGGCCGACCGUCCCUCAUUCGCGGCGCAACAGAUAUCCUCGGCCUAAACGCCAAUACCUCCCUCACCUAUCGCAGCGCCCCAACUCAGCCAAGUCACUGGACCGACCACGCCCACCGCAAGCCGUUACUACAGGCCUGGGAACUCAUCCACAAUGCCGCUGCCACCCGUCAAUCGAAGUACGUCACGUCAAUCACAGCUCAGCUUGUAACGACUGAGAAGCAGAUGUUACAGGAGUUCGCUGAGCUCAACGAGGGCGAUGUGUUGCUGACUAGAGAGUGGAUCGAAUUCGUCCGCAAGUGCUGGCUCGCGGGCGAAUUGGGGGCCUUGGUGAGAUUGUUGAAGGCGGAGGAAGCUAUGCAAAUGGAUGUCACCAUAUGGAACCGACGAAAGCUGUAA